GGUAAUGGGCGCGUGUGUUCCGGACCACUCUGAAACUGUCUUGCUUUCUUCCUUUUGUGUCAAAUGCAAAUCCAGCGCAGACCGGUCCAGAAAAUUAGAAAAUAUGCCUGGAUAACGCGUUAGACCUCAUGAAUAUAAUACGACGUUGUAAUGAUGCGCAGAAUAAGCAUAUUGAAGAUUGGCCAGUUUUCAUGUGUGUUCAGGCUGAUGGCUACUUUUUUAAGCUAUGGCUAUUGACAUGACUCUGCGAUUCUUCCCAACCCUCCAUGCAUUGUCUCUGUUGUGAGUUGUCACUGGACAGUAGUCAAACUAUAGACUUCAGACUGAGUGUGGACCUAGGCUUUAAUCAACAAAGUUGAUUCGAAAACUCGUGAUUUGCUCUCGUAACUGUAUUUUGCUUUUACCGAUGAGUUAAUGGCUAUCCUAGGCCUGGUGGUGUCGCGAUAUUUGGGGAAACUACAGAAAAGUGAUGAAGGAGGAAAAGACUCGAUGGAAGUGCUUCCUAGAGAAUAUUAGUGUUCUACAAUGGAUACUGACCUUCCUUUUAUUUGGUGUGGCUUGUAUUGGAUUGAUGGUGUGCCUUCUGUUUACUUCUCUUUGGAUGCUGCCUACUCUCUACUUCAUAUGGCAGUUGAAGGACUGGCACACACCUGAAAGAGGAGGCAGGAGAACUGCAUUUGUGAGGAAAUGGAAAGUGUGGCAUCACGUUAGGGAUUACUUCCCAAUGAAGUUGGUGAAGACUGCAGAGUUAAAUCCAAACAAGAACUACAUCUUAGGGUGUCACCCUCAUGGGGUCAUGAGCAUGGGAGCCUUUACGUCUUUCAGCACUGAGGCCUGUGGCUUUAAGGACAUCUUUCCUGGGAUACGCUCCUGCCUCUGCAUACUGGGUUGCAUCUUCAAGAUCCCCCUCUACAGGGAAUAUGCCAUGGCUACUGGUUGUUAUCCAGUCAGCAAACCCAGUCUUGAGUACCUUCUUUCUAAAAGUGGAAAUGGCAAUGCAGUGGUCAUUGUGAUAGGGGGCGCUGCGGAGUCUCUUCUGAGUCGGCCUGGGGUCAAUACAGUAGUUAUGAAGCAGAGGAAAGGAUUUGUCCGGGUGGCCUUGGAGUUUGGGGCUGACCUGGUUCCCGUAUACUCGUAUGGGGAGAACAAUAUCUUCCGCCAGGUGAUCUUCUUAGAAGGCAGUUUGGGCUGGAGGUUACAGCAUCUCUUUAAGAAAAUCAUGGGCUUUGCCCCUUGUCUGUUUGUUGGUGAAUACGGUUUCUGGAUGCCUUACCACUGCCCUGUAACCACUGUCGUGGGCUGUCCUCUUGCAGUGCCAAAGCGGUCUUCACCCACUGAGGAGGAAGUGGACCACUAUCAUGGCCUUUACAUGGAGGCCCUUGUGAAGCUUUUCCAUGAACACAAGGUCAGCUGUGGACUCUCUGACACCCACAAGCUGAACAUUGUGUAGACUACUAAUUUAGACUGCACUGUGUGAUUUGUCAUGGUGUCUUUCUUUGUUAAACAGAUCAGUCAGUCUGUCCAUCAAUGUGACCUACCACUAUAAUCAGUCCUAGUUCAAUAAAUGCAUUUCAACUCAG